ACAAGAGGUCGUAGUUCAGUAUAGUUUUGAGACGCAAGUCACAAGCUGACACUACAAUUUUUCAUUUGCUAAAUCUCUCAUACAAUGACCUCUGUCGCUCCUCUCUCCAUUUUAUCUUUGAACAUAUAUUUCUAGUUCAUUGAAAUUUUAAGAAACAGGAAAAACUGUGUAUUAGUAUUAUUAUUAUUAUGAAGGUAUUCGAGAGUUCUAUUCUGGUUGUAUUGAUAGUUGAUUUACUAGCAACAACUGGAGAUUUAACGCUAUCAUGGACCUCCCCGAUAUAUCCAAAACUAUACUCCAACAGUACAGCUAUAAACCCGUUAAGUAGGAAGAUAACAAGGAACGAAGAUGCCUGGUUGGGAUCUCUUCUAAAUUUUGGAGCGAUUAUUGGUCCGAUACCGUUUGGAUAUAUUUCGCAAUGUUAUGGGAGAAAAAUCGGAUUACUAGCUAUAGCUGUUCCCCAUAUUAUGUCAUUUUUUAUAUUUGCAUUUGCCGAAAGUAUACAGUUGUUCUACGUGGCAAGAUUUAUAGGCGGUGUAGCACUUGGAGGAGGUUAUUGUUUAUAUGUUAUAUACAUAGCCGAGAUAGCAAAAGAUUCGAAUAGAGGCAAAAUGUCUCUAACUAUAAGUAUUUUUUGUGCUAUAGGAAAUUUUCUUCCUUUUGUAAUAGGUCCUUUUACAUCAAUAUUUGUAUUUAAUGUUAGUUUAGUUUGUAUACCGAUUACUUUUCUAAUUUUAUUUUCACUUGUUGCUCCCGAGAGUCCGUAUUACCUUGUCGGAGUAAAAAAAGACAAGGAGGCUGAAAAGUCACUAAUGUACUUAAGAUCAACUGAUCGAAAUGGUGUUGCCGAAGAACUAAACUACAUAAAAUCUUUUGUUAGAAUGGAUGAUCAGGGUCGUUUAUCCGAUAUAUUUAAAAACAAGACUUUGAGAAAAUCAUUUCUUAUAUGUUUGAUUCUAAUAGCUUCACAGGAUUUGUCAGGAUUUUGUGCCAUUACCUAUCACUUACAAACCAUUUUCGAGGCAACUGGAACAAUACUGCAGCCAGAAUUUUCUGCUAUAAUUGUAGGGGUAGCAAUGUUAAUAUCGAGCUUUAUAGCUCCUUGCGUGGUAGAUAAAGUAGGUAGAAAACCACUCAUUUUAAUAUCAUGUAUUGGUAUGUUCAUUGCAUUAAAUUUACUAGCAGCAUUCUUUUACCUACAUGACAGACAUAUCAGUACCAAAUCCAUAUACUGGCUACCUAUUCUAAGUCUGAUGUUGUACAUAGUAUUCUUUAAUGUUGGUAUUUGUACAGUACCGUGGGUUUUGAUGUCUGAACUCUUCCCUAACAACAUGAAGCAAAUGACUACGGCCAUUGCCGGCAGUUUUGGUUGGAUAACAUCUUUUAUAGUAACCAAAAGUUUUCAUGACAUGAAUAGUACUAUAGGGAGAUGUGGCACCUUUUGGUUUUUCUCUUCUAUGUGCUUAAUGUGUGCACUUGUUAGUGCCCUAUAUUUGCCCGAGACAAAAGGCAAAAGUUUUAGUCAAAUACAGAAAAUGCUUUCGGCGUCAACGGAAAUUAGUUAGGAACAAAACUGUUUUUAUGUUUUUAUGUAAGUACUAAGUACCAGCGACAUGCUAAAUUUAACAUGUUUGUUUAAGAACAUGUAGGUAUUCAGGUCCAGUUUCAGAGAUGUUUUAUACAAGAAUAAGUAUCUACAACUUUGAAAUAUCUCUAAAUUUGUUAAUGGGUGAUUCGCCAAAAUAGAUGGCAAUUUCGAGGUAGAGAAAUUUAAUUUAAAACAUGGUUUAGAAUUAGUUCAUUUUUAAAUAUUUUUUAUAAAAUGAGCUAUUCAACUUACCCAUGAUACCAGCAGAGAUCAUUUUUAAAUAUUUUCCGAAAAACGGAAAUGUUGUGACUUCCGAGUUGACUAUAAGUGUCCACGGUGUUGACGUAAUUCUCUGUUAAUUAAAAUUUAUGAUCGUAACAAUUAAAUAAAAAUUGGUAUGUAAUAAAACUAUACAAAACACUUCCAUUUUGAUAAAAGCUACUACAGAAAAACAUGAAAAAUAGGCAAAAUAUCAAUUGCGUCGGAGUUGAUUUAGACCGGCCUUCGUGUCGACAAAACUUUCCAAUAUGUAGCCGUGUCUUCUCCGUUAAACUUCAAAAAUCUAAUCUGCUUUUGAACAUAAUCUUGGCAUUUCCUUUCUAUACAUUCUUCUGUCUUUUCUCCAUUUUCUCCAUGUCAACAUAAUGAUUUGUUAUCCGCUUCCACACAGUCAUGAGCUCCAUGUUUUCACAUAAUGUGCCUACAUAGACAGAUGUCUCUUUUAUCAACAUUAGAGAAGACUACCCAAAAUGGUAUAUUCUUAGAGAAAUAAGCAUAGCUGCAUAAAAUAUUACUUUCUUUCAUAAAAUCUUUAUUUAACAAUUUUGGGGGCUUUCGCCUUCAUUUUUCCGUCGUACUCCAGUGUAUACGAGCCAUUUUCUAUAAAAAGAAGAUAAUUACCAAACCGACCGAAACAUCUUGAGAGCUUACCCAGUAAUCCUUUUCCUAUAUCAGACUAAAUUUAAAUUGUAUUUUUUUAGUUUAAGAAUGACCACUCACACACUUUCAACAACUCUGAGGCACGUUCGUCAACUCCGAGGCACGACUGGGUUCGGAGUUGAUUGCUUGGGUGUUGAUGAUUCCAUACAUUUUUUAAUUCUACUUUCUACAAAUAUUAAAAAUAAUUCUGCUUUAUUCAUCGUGUGUCAAAAAAACUUUAUAGCGCAUACAUAGAAGAAAAACAUAUUAAAAAAUUAGCAAAAUUAGGCUUUUACGAAGGCUUCGGUGUUGACUGUAUAAAAACAUACGCUUAGCUUAAGCCACGUUGAAAAAUUUUCUAUCGCUUAACGAUAUUAUGUUCGUCCACUUUCUUCCACAAUUUGGGUUAGACUGAAGCGUUCCUCUCUUGUCAAGCUGCCUGUCAUACAGUAUAGUGCAGUUUUGCCUAUAUUUUCAUAUAUUUUCAUGAGGCCUCGGUGUUGAUGCACAAAGUUGGUUACAGUUUUUAGUAGUAGAUUUUUAUGGUUUAAUUUUAAAAAUGAAAGUUAUUAAUUGGACAGUUUUAAAGUACAUUGGGUUUUUAAUUAACUAUUGAUAAAAUAAUCUGCACUUUUGUAAGUUUUCAGUGUGUAAUACUAUAAAACAGAUCAAAAAACAAGGUGGGUUACAGCCUCGGAGUUGAUAUUUUGACAUUAAAAUUGCAUAAAAUGCUUGUGAAAAUACUUUUUUUUUAAUUACUGUUAAGUGGCGUACAUUCAUCUAUUGUAUAACUUAACUUUGGCAACACAAUUUGAAACACAGUAUGUAAAGGACUUAAGAAAAAAGCGAGUUACACAAUAUGCCGCUUAUUUUGGCGAACCACCCUAAUAUAACCUAUACGAAAGAUGUAGCUGUGAUUUGUAUGUAUCUAAUAUCUAAUAUUUUUAAAUACGAAACUGAAACCAAUACAAAACAUCUAAAGAUAAGAACAUUCCCAUUUUGCACACUGUAUAAAUAUUUGUUUUAAAACAAUGUUUAUGUAACUAUUUACACAAAGAAGUUUCAUACACAAGUCACACGACAGAAGUCAUAACGUUCCAUGACGUCUUCCGAUUCCCAAUCGCUUGUUCUCUAUCGUAACAGAUGUCUUCGUUCAAGCCUCUUUCUCUAAUUUCCCUAUGAAUUCCCUCUAUCCAGUGUUUCCUAGGUCUUCCUUUUUUCUGCCGUCCUUUUAGUGUCCAUCGUAGUACUUGCUUGGGUAAUCUGUUGUCUUCUAUACGUUGUACGUGGCCAAACCAUCUUAGUUGCUUUGUUUUUAUAUCGUCAAUUAUAGUAGGUAUGUUUUACAUCAAUUAUCUCCAAUAUUCUUGUAUUUCUGAUUUUAUCUAUUCUUGAUAUAUCUAGAAGUCUAUUUCAGUUGUUCUGAGCAUAUUUUCGGAUUUUUCUUAAGUGGCCGAACUUCGCUGCUAUAUGUUGUAAUGCUCUUAACAAUGCUGUUAUAGAUGUUACGUUUAUUUUCUUUGGAAAGCACUUUGGUCCCAUAGGAUUGUGUUCAAUAAUGUGAUAACUUUCCUUCCUUGUGUGCACCUUUCUUGGAUAUUCUUGUCCAGUGUUUGGUCUUUGAUAUUGUGUAAUUUUAAGUCGCAAGUAUUAAUAUUUCUGACAGUGAUUAAUAGUUAUUUCAUUUUCCAACGCUAGAUCCUGCUGAAUCCUUCCGACGCACAUAUAUUCCGUUUUUUCUUUUGGUAUGCACUUCUAAACCCCAGUUCCGGUACUCCUUUGAUAACUUUUCUAAUAUAAUGUUAAACAACAUACAGAACAAUACAGGGUGAUUGAUUAGUAGGGUAAAGCUCAAUAGCUCCGCUAUAGUAAUAGAUAGCAAUAAAAGUUAAUAACAAAAAUUUUAGCCACCUUUGAGCUUCACAUUACAAAAUUAGUUAGAAUGUUACAGGGUGUUCGAUAACACAGUGGCAGACCUAACUUAUGUUUUUUUAAAUGGAACACCCUAUAUUUUAUUUUAUACUCAAAAUCCUGUUAACUUAUCCAUCACAAAAAUAUAAAGGUUUGUAAUGUUAUACAGGGUAUUUACAAAGUUAUAACUAAUUUUUUAUGAAAAUCGUAACAAGUUCAACUCCCUGUAUAAAUAAAAAUAAGCACAACAGCAAUAGUUUAUUAAUGCCAUAUUUUUUUAUUUAUUGUCAAAAUUUUUAAGAAUUAUUUAUAUUGCUAAUUUUUUUUAUAUCAAAUACAGGGUGAGUAAAAACGCAAGUACCUACAUUAUUUUCUCAGUAAUGUUAAAGGGAACCCCCUGUAUUUUAUAUCAUUAUUGAAAAGUAACAUUAACGUACUUUAAUUUUUAUAUAACAUUCCCUAUGCCCAAAUUUAUUAGUUUUUGAGAUAUUUUCAUUUUUCAGAGAAAAUUAUUUUAGGCGUUUAAAUUUAUCUAAAUUUUAAGUAAGCCAUGACUGAAUUGACAAUUGAAGAUUACCGAUUAUCAAUCCGGUAAUCAAUGUAACACUGUAGCAAAUAAAGAAAUAAAAAUAAUUUAUUAGUAAUACAUUUUACAAACAAAAACACAACCACUACAUGUAACAUUUUUCAAACAAUUAAAAACUAUCUUUUUAUGUAAAUGCAACAAAUAAACAAAGAACAUUAGUAAUUUUACAAAAAAACACACAAACACAAAAUACAAUAUUUUGUGAAGACAAUUAAACACUACUUUUGUAUGUAAAUGUAACAAAUAAAGAACGAAACAUAA